ACAACGCAUGGUGUAGAACUCGUUACUUUAGCGGCUGCUUCUGAUCGCUCAGCUACACAAAUUGCGGUUGUUUUUCAUAACGCCUCUAUAUAUUAUUGUUGGUUUUGUUAAUACUUUUGUUAGUACUCGUACACUUUAACAGUUUUUAUUUAUUUUUGUACUUUGAAAGUGCUUGUAAUGUGUUAAACUUAAAUUGGGUUAAAUAAUAAUUGUGAUGAAAAAAUGAAUUCUUUUAGUCGUGCUUAUCGGGAUCCCAAAUCACCACUUACUCCACUUACACCGCUUACUGCGAGUACUGCGUUCAAUUUCAAUAUAAGUGGUGACUCGCUUAAACCUUUUAUAAAUGCCAUAGAAGCUGAACGCACUAAAGAAACACCAAAAUCUUCGCCAGCUGGAUUGGCAUGUGGUGCAAAAUACGUGAAUGCGAACAAAUAUAUCAAACGUCAGCCGGCUAAUGUUUUAUCUGACACUACAAAUAAAUCAAGAAAACUUUCACCGAGAUUCAUUUCAAAGAAAUCUGAUGUUGACGACAAAAAAACUUUGAAAAAAUCGAAUAAUGAUCUUAAUAACAAUAAAAUUAGUUCGAGGUACUCAUCAACAAGCAUUUCUUCCAGCUCCUCACGUGGGUCUUUUAAAUGCAAUGAAUCAUCUUUUAAAGAAACUGACACAAUUCCAUCCUCAAAAUUCAAGUUAAGUCCUCGCGCUACGUCUACUUAUAACUAUUAUAGUGUAUCCAGCAGCCAAAGUUCUUCACAUAGCUCUAGCGGUUCAAUUAAUUCAAAUAAUUCUUUUGAAAAUAAUUCAAGUACAACUCCAAAUUCUUUUAACUAUAAUGGAAGUGCACGUCAUCAUAAGCCACCGAAACUUGUUCUCAAUGAUACAAAUGUUGCUGAAACUGACUCCACCAUGUCAACUGUCUUCAACUGGGUGUGGAAUUGCCUGUCACCUAUGAAGAAUCCAUCUAUUUAUGAUUUGCUGGCACGCGUUGAUAUGCAAAAAUAUUGGGAAAUUUUUGAGAAAGAAGAAAUAUUAGAUUUGGAUGUAUUUUCAACUUUAACUAUGGCGGACUUGGCAGCUAUUGGCAUUAAAGAUACUAACGACUGUAUCAAAAUAUUAAAAUCUGUUGGAUGGGCACUCGAUUUUCUGUCGGGCUUAUUAAAUUUUAAAAGGCCUGAAAAGUAAAUUUGUAGUUACAAAAAAUUUUGUUUAUAAUUUUAUGUUUAAAUGUUCGUGUUUGUACAGAUGUUUAAUUUUGUGAAAUGUAUUGACUAUAAAGAAUAAAUUUGACUACGAAGAAAAUAA